UCCAAUUUGUUGUUUUAGUCAUUUUCACUGUCAGGAAAAAAAAAUUCACAUUUGGAACAAGAAAGAAUCCAACAAUCUUGACCCGUAUUUUGCAGCUCGAACAUAUUCGGGUGUCAAGAAUAUAAGACUCUUAAAACCCCAUCUGUGUGUUUUGAGAAUCUUGAAUCAUAGUCUGUGUUUAUUCAAGCAAACCCCAUUUGAAACAACAAAGAAUCUUGUUUGUUUUUGCUCUUUUUGUGAGUAAAGAUUCCUGCUUUCACCAUAAGAAUCAUAGUUUUAGCAAGAAUCAAUUCUGGGUUGUAUUUAAUUUAUUGAAUCUUAAAAAGGGUUUUAUUUUAGUUUCUGUAAAACUUAAAAGCUAUGGCAGAAGCUCCAAAAGUUGAGGAAAUUAGUCAUCUUCCAACUGACCAACUUCAGGGCUUAGAGUAUUGUAUUGACUCCAAUCCUUCAUGGGGGGAAGCCAUAGCUUUAGGGUUUCAACAUUACAUCUUGUCUUUAGGGACAGCUGUCAUGAUUCCAAGUUUUCUUGUUCCUUUGAUGGGUGGUACUUCUGGUGAUAAGAUUAGAGUGGUGCAAACAUUGCUAUUUGUUCAAGGGAUUAACACAUUUUUGCAAACCCUUUUCGGAACCCGAUUACCUGCUGUAGUUGGAGGAUCUUGGGCUUUUAUGGUUCCUAUAAUCUCAAUCAUUCAUGAUUCUUCUCUUGCUUCGAUUGCGGAUGAUCAUAUGAGAUUUCUUGCUACAAUGCGAGCUAUACAAGGUGCGCUUAUAGUAGCAUCGAGUGUGCAGAUUAUCUUGGGGUAUAGUCAGCUAUGGGCUAUAUGUUCAAGAUUCUUUAGCCCUGUUGGUAUGGUUCCAGUGAUUGCUUUGGCAGGUUUUGGACUUUUUGACAGAGGAUUUCCUGUGGUUGGACGAUGUGUUGAAUUUGGCAUACCGAUGCUAGUUCUUUUUGUCUUAUUCUCUCAGUACUUAAAACAGUUUCAGGCAAAGCAACUGCCAGUAUUGGAGCGGUUUGCACUUCUUUUGACCAUAGCGGUGAUAUGGGCAUUUGCUCAUCUAUUGACGGCUAGUGGUGCAUAUAAACAUCAUCCAGAACAGACUCAAAUGCACUGCAGAACUGAUAAAGCUGGUCUCAUAUCUGCUGCACCAUGGAUAAAGAUUCCAUACCCACUUCAAUGGGGUGCGCCAACGUUUGAAGCAGGGCAUGCUUUUGGGAUGAUGGCUGCAGUUUUAGUCUCCCUUGUUGAGUCAACAGGUGCAUACAAGGCUUCAGCCCGCUUAGCAAGUGCCACACCUCCCCCUGCUCAUGUUCUCAGUCGUGGCAUCGGGUGGCAGGGGAUCGGUAUUCUAUUAAGCGGUCUCUUUGGAACAGUAACUGGUUCAACCGUUUCAGUAGAAAACGUUGGCCUAUUGGGAAGCACUCGUGUUGGUAGCCGAAGAGUCAUUCAAAUCUCAGCUGGUUUCAUGAUUUUCUUUUCAAUACUAGGGAAAUUUGGAGCUUUAUUUGCCUCAAUACCUUUCCCAAUUUUUGCUGCGGCUUAUUGUGUGCUAUUUGGUCUUGUGGCUUCCAUCGGGUUGUCAUUCUUGCAGUUCACGAACAUGAACUCUAUGAGAAACUUGUUUAUUGUGGGUGUGUCUUUCUUUCUUGGCUUGUCUAUUCCCGAGUACUUUAGGGAAUACACGGCUGGUGCUCUUCAUGGUCCUUCACAUACAAAAGCAGAAUGGUUUAAUGAUUUCCUCAACACCAUCUUCUUCUCCUCGCCAACAGUGGCGUUGAUGGUGUCUGUGUUUCUUGACAACACGCUCGAGUUCAAAGACAGUGCAAGAGACAGAGGGAUGCCAUGGUGGGCAAAGUUUAGAUCCUUCAAAGGUGAUAGUCGAAAUGAGGAGUUUUACACCCUUCCUUUCAAUCUUAACCGGUUUUUCCCACCAUCAUGAAGUUCAUUGAGGCUGAAAGUUUUAAAGGUAAUGCUGGGUGGCAAGAGUAGUUUCUGCAAGAUUGAGAUUGUGCUGAUCACAAUCCCUUUUAGUUAGGAAGGGGAAGGUUAAGAAAUUUGUGAUGUGUUAUUUUUCAUGAGAGCAUGAUAGCGCUAUGGUGUUCUAAAUUUCAUUUAUUUCGUGUAAAUCUUUUUGUCACUGAGUUAUUUGAUUAGGCAAGUGAAAUGAAAUUAAUUUAGAUA